UUAAAAUAAAUGAAUGAAUAAAUACAAUUAAUUAAUUCUUUAAAAAAUAUAAUUCUAAUGUGUCACACAUACUAUGGAUUAUAUGCAUUUAUCUAGGAGAGAAAAAUACAAUUUGAUUUAAGUUCUCUAAAAAAUUGGCAGGUGCUAGGACCUAAUGAAUUUCAAGCAACUUUAGCCAGAGGUGAAACAUCACAUCAUGGGGCGUGGUGGAAUAUGAGCAGAUACAGAAAAGCCAGUUCUUCCACAUGUAAACUAAUUGGACUCCAUUACAGCUCUCCUCUUACCAUCUCUAGGACUGCGGCAGCUCUUACACUUGUUUUCUAAGCAGGAAACAUGUUUCUUGCAAAGGCUAUUUUGGAAGGGGCAGACCGAGGUCUUGGAGAAGCUCUUGGAGGGCUUCUUGGAGGAGGUGGUCAAAGAAGAGGAGGAGGAGGAAAUAUUGGAGGGAUAGUUGGAGGAAUUGUAAAUUUUAUCAGUGAGGCUGCAGCAGCUCAGUAUACUCCAGAACCACCUCCUACUCAACAGCAUUUCACCAAUGUGGAGGCCUCUGAAAGUGAGGAAGUUAGACGAUUUCGGCAUCAAUUUGCACAGCUGGCUGGACCAGACAUGGAGGUGGGUGCCACUGACCUGAUGAAUAUCCUUAACAAGGUCCUUUCUAAGCACAAGGAUCUGAAGACUGAUGGUUUCAGUCUUGACACCUGCCGGAGCAUUGUAUCUGUCAUGGACAGUGACACGACUGGGAAGCUGGGCUUUGAAGAAUUUAAGUACUUGUGGAACAACAUCAAGAAAUGGCAGUGUGUUUAUAAACAGUAUGAUACGGACCAUUCUGGGUCUCUGGGAAGUUCUCAGCUGCGGGGAGCUCUGCAGGCAGCGGGCUUCCAGCUAAAUGAACAACUUUACCAAAUGAUUGUGCGUCGGUAUGCUGAUGAGGAUGGAAGCAUAGAUUUUAACAAUUUUAUCAGCUGUCUGGUCCGCCUGGAUGCUAUGUUCCGUGCCUUCAGAUCUUUGGAUAAAGAUGCAGAUGGCCUGAUUCAAAUUUCUAUCCAAGAAUGGCUGCAGCUGACCAUGUAUUCCUGAAAGUGACAACUGGGAAGUCAAUAUCUUCUUUGGAGGACAGGACUGCUGAAAGCCUUGCUAACCUAUUCACAUAGUUGCUGAUACCCUGUCCAACAACCGUCAUUUCCUGGCAAGCUCUU